AUGAUUGAUGCAAUCCUCGUCACAUACGAUAAUCCUAUAGAUUUCUACGUUCUCGCGAAUGGCUGGCUACAGAUCAUUGUCAACGAAGACUUCGACUCUACGUAUGCUUUAUCCCAUCAACCACAAACAUUCGGCGGUUUGAGAGUCAGUUAUAUUCAGCAGACACUUCGUCCUAGUGCGAGCCGGAUAAGUGAGGGAUCCAGUGUAGGAACAACUAAGUCAUCUGUUUCGAGUACUUUCUCAUCACAGUCUGCUACGCCAUGCUCAACAGGACCUACUCAACAGCUACGCAUCGGUGGGGUGAUCAAAGCUAAAGUGAAAGACUCAAAGAAAGACAGUGGUAAGUUCCAAGAAAGAAUUGGAGUCAUGACAGAGUGCGAGAACCGAUUAUAUGUCACUGUUCCUACUCAUCUAAUCACUGAAGCAUGGUUGUCAACCAAAAAAAACGAGCACUUUUGA